UUCAAGGUCACUACGGCGUUGUCUCCCUUUAGUUGUGUGGGCGUGUGAGAUGGCAGACAGUGAGCUCUGAAUGGAGCAGGCCUGUGUCUCAUGUUGAGUCGAGUAGAAAAUGUUUCAGACUUUUAAGUUUUUCCUUUCAGAAAGUAGAACAUUUCUGUGAUUAUAACCAAAUUUGAACUUUAUAUCUGGACAUCUUGUGUCUUGCUUCAUAGGUAGUCGUUGUCAAUGUACACAAGGCAUUUUGACUGAAGUUAACACUUUGAUGGGCAUGUGAACACAUUUAAAUGGUUGAAGUUUUGAAGUUUCACCGUUACGUUGUUAUGAAUCUUCAGAUAUAAAGUCACUUGCAGAGGCUGUGUAGUAUUUCUGUUUCCUCUAAGGCUUCAUCUAUCAGGUCGACAAUGACUAUGUCGAAAGAAGCAGAUACACUGUGUGAACACCAUCGUCUGCUGCUUGUACGUCGCUAAAUUGGACGAAUUAGUGUCUCUGCUGUUUUGUGAUUCUUGGAGACACUGGUCAGGAUAACUCUCUUCUGGAUGUUGUUACCUUCGAAGGGGAUUUCUGCAACUGCGUAAGAUGGACCUCUGGGAGGUAAUUGACCCUAGCACAAGCAAGGAUGACAAUGCAACUAUAGAGGAUUAUCUUAAACUCUACGCCAGCGCAGACGAGCACCCUCGGAUUAACACCAUCGUCAUCCUGCUGGUGUAUGUCCCAGUCUUCCUGCUGGCUUUCUUUGGGAACCUUAUCGUCCUACUGGUCAUACUCACCGACUCGCGCAUGCGCAAAAGCACGGCCAACUACUUUCUGGUUAAUUUGGCUGUGACAGAUCUACUGGUUGCUGUGAUCUGUAUCCCUAUGACUGCCAUUAACUAUGUCUACAACGUAUGGGUCCUGGGCACAACAGCCUGCAAAAUAACAAGUUACAUGCAAGGUGUAUGUAUAGUUGCCAGCAUACUGACCAUUCUCUUCAUGAGCUUUGACCGCUACUUCGCCAUACGGCAUCCGAUGAGAAAUCGUCAGAUUUUCACCGUCAGCAGGGUGCGGCGACUCAUCUUCAUGACCUGGUUGACCGCCGGUGUGGUGGUCAUGCCUAUCGCCUUUGUUAAUGAAGUCAUUAAACACGCUUUAGUCAGCAACAGCUACUGUACAGAAAUCUGGCCAACGCACGUUAUGCGCCAGAUCUAUGACAUCUCCCUGGUCGUCUGCAUAUAUUUGGUGCCAGGGGUCACAUUGGUCGUUCUCUACAUUCUCAUGGGAUGCCGGCUGUGGGCCAGGGAUACAAACUUGCAGAGACAGAACUCCAUCAGUCACCAAGAUGAAGUCCUGUUGGCCAGGAGGAGACUGGCCCUCAUGCUCAUCAUCGUCUCCCUUCUCUUCGCCACCAGCUGGCUCCCUUAUCACAUCAUCAACAUCUGUAUAGACUUUGAGAUCGAUGCCUCUGGUCAGCUCAUAUUGACCUACCCGUUCGCCAUACUCCUUGGACAUUCCAAGAGUGCACAAAAUCCUAUUUUGUAUUGCUUUAUGCACAAAGGUUUUCAUACAUUUCUGUUGAAGCUAGUCAGAUGUCACUGUACCAGUGGUCACACGAGAAAACAAAGAGCUCUCAACCUGUCCAUCAGUCGAAGUGACAACAGCUCGCCGAGAUCGCCAACUUAUAAAAUGAUAAACCAACGAGUUGUCCAUUGUGAGUCUUCAAGGGACAGUGCGGUCACCACGUGUAUAGGAGAGACCAGCGCAAUGCUAGGGUCCGGAGUCUGAACCUGGACCUGAACUUGAACUAUGGUGUUACUGUCCAAACUAAUGUCUGACUUGAGUCCAAACUAAGUCUGACUAAAGUCUGCUUCUUGAAAUACUGGUGACAACAAAAGAAGUUUGUGUUUUUAAACCUUGAGUAACUUCAUCUCAACAUUUUAUCAACAUAAACGUAUGAGCCACUGGAGCCUAAUCGUUUAGACGGCGCCUGACACUGUUAACAUUAACAUGGAGGUCGCAUUCCUUGUAUUGUUGUUAUUAUUACAGACAUAAUUAAAGCCAUUUUAGAGACACUAGCAACAAUAUAUUGGGUGGCAGAGUUUUCAUUAAGAGCUCAUCUUUUUCAACUCGCCAUACUCUAGCACCAAUGUGGUGAUUUCAAAAGAUAAACUUUCAAAAAGAGUUUUCACCAAUGAAAACUAGCACAAGUUCCAGUUCUAAUUGUGCUUGGUUAAAAAAACAACUAUUGUUAUCUUUUGUCAUGGCCAACAAUCUAUGCUCACAUUCUUGAACUUGAUAUGCAUAGAGUUAUGCUACUUGAUAAUAUGUUAAUGUUUAAGGCAACUGUAGGAGAGUUGCCAGCAAUGCAAACGUUUCGUUUUGUUUCUUGUAAGAGUUCAGUGUGUGGAAAGUGCCACUAAGAUGUUCACUAACAAGAGCUUCAAGCAGCGGAAGCGGUUUAAUUGGCCUAGAGAAUCAUUCUCCCUAGCCUCCAAGAAAGCCACUAUGAUAAUCAUAAUUCCAUAAGACUUUUGUUGAAGGAAUUUAAUCCACAAAUUUUAUGAUACAUUUUUGUUUCUUGUUCUUUACUCAUCAAAUGCAUUUAUAUGUUGAGAUUUUAUUUCAUAUUUAAACAAAUAAAACAU